AUGUCAACUAGUCUGGAACAGUGCCUGAACUGCGUGGUCGACAUCUACCACUAUUACUGCACUCUGGACCCUGUGGAUGACUACCUCCAUCUGAACGAAUUCCGGGCAUUCAUGAGGCAACAAGCCCCAAGCUUCCUUUGGAGAACCACACCACCUAACAUGCAUGUGGACCAAUAUAUCCAACGAAUCUUUCGAAAUGCCGACAGGAACCAAAAUGGGUACCUCCACUUCACUGAAUUUGCGUCGGUGAUAUCAUCCAUCCUGGAUGAUGCCCACAACAGUUCCCAUGAUUAUGGACAAAAAUCAUCUGGACACGGGCACAGACAUUGA